AUGCCGCACGGCGGCGGCGACACCGCGCCAGUGAUUGCCGGUGCCUUUCGACGCCACCGGUGCCCGUCGCCGGAGAGCCCGAAGAGCGGCGGCCGCUGUGACGACGACGACGACGACGAUGACGAGGCAAGCGGCGGUGCGUGGGGCGGAGUUGAAGCAAAGCCGCUGUCGCUACUCUUUCGGCCCCGUGAGCUGCGACGGCUCCUCCAGCCGGAAAGUGCGCCGCCGGACGUUGACGCUACGGCGGAAGGUGGGAGUGCGUGCAGCCACGUGAGUGUGAUGCUCUCCGCGGAGGGGAGCACCGGAGCGGGGCGGCGGAGCGGCUCCCCGGCGGAGUGUGGCAGGCGGCCCUCGCAGGCGCAGCGUCAGCGGGAGUUGGCGUACCUGCUCCACGUCCUGCAGGCCGCACAUGCGGAGACGCGGCGGUGGCAGUCACGCUGCACUGAGCUGCAGGCGGAAUUAAGCAGCACGACCGCACAACAUGUGGAGGUUGUGGCGGAGCUGAACGCGGCCUUGGCGCAGGCGCGGAUGACGUCGCACCAGCCGCCACAAGAAGAGGUGGAGGCAGAAGGAGCAGAGGAAGACGAAGAAGCAGAGGAAGAAGUUGUCGGAGAAGCCGAUGUGUUUUCGACUUCCGCUGAGAGGACAAAAAACGACGUGGGCGGCAGAGACGUGGGCCGCGGUUUAUCGGCGCGGGUGCUUCUCUCCCCGCCGCCUGACGCGGCCUCGCCCUCACGCUCUGCGGCGACGUCACCGCGCGAGAGUCGUCUGGAGCGGCUGGCGCGUGAGGCCACUGCCGCAAGUGAGAGCCACGAUGCCGCGGCGGCCCUGCCACUGCGCCUUGGCCUCUUCACUGCCACGCCCCUCGUGACAUUUCCACGGCCGUCCGCGGCGUCGCUGGAGGCCGCGCGGCAGGCAGUGGCUGCUGCCGUCGCGCGCGGUGCGGGGAAGCCGCACGCCGGCGCGGCUGCGGUGGCACGUGGACGCGGGUGCGGUUGUCCCCGGCGGGUGCGCGGCGACGGUGAGGGCCGUGCGGUGGGGGCGUGGCACCUCCUGCGGCGCCUAGUGCCCGGCGAGGACGACGACGACGACAGUGGCGUCGGUGGCGGUGGGCUCUUCAGCGCCGCCGUCGGCGUGUACGACGGGGUGCAGAAGCUCGCGAAACGCUGGCGUCGCGCGGAGGACGCGGCCCGGCGGCACGGCAAGCGCCUGCAGGGGCUGGAGGCCCAAGCCGCCGCGGUGCCGCGGCUGGAGGAGUCUCUGCGGCGGCAGACCCGCCUCAACGGCGCCCUGCACUGCCGCGCGGAGGAGUCGGAGGAGGUGGCGCGGCGGCUGCGGGGGCAACUGGCCGCUGCCCGCUGCGAAGUGGCGAAGCUCAAGCAGCGACAGCUCGCGGAGCCGCAACGACACGGCGGUCUCGCUGAGGCGGGAGCGGACGAAGAGGAAGCGGCUGCGGGGAGGCGGCAAGUUAGGCCGGCGCAGGAGCGGAGCCGCCCUGCGCGGCAGCCCAGCCGUGACGCGGGCGAAGCCAAUCCUCCUCGUUGGGGUUUUUGCCGCGGAGGCAGUCGGGCGUUGCGGAACUCCGGCGUGAGGGCCCCGCAUGACACAGCGAGGACGCGCAGGAGUGAGGACGCCGUGCGACGCGAGCGGGCCCGCGCGGACGCCGCCGCGGCAGAAUUGUCGCGGGUGCGGCAGGAGCUGCAGCGGGCCCACAGUGAGCUGCGGCAGGGCAAACACCUCCUCGCGUGCCUCGUGCGGGAGGGGCGCAGUGAGCUGCGAGAGCACAGCCUCAUCGAUGCGGCGGCGGCGACCUCCACGACAGUGGCGCAAAGGCGACAAACACACAUGGCGUGCGGCGCGUCUGUCGCUGUGGAUUCGCCUGAGCCCAGACCGCCCCCGAUGCUCGCGACGCCCGUUGCAGAUGUCUGUGGGGGCGCGGGGGAACACGACACCCCUCGCAGGGCAGAGUCUGCAUCGGCUUUAGUAUCGACACCCCGCUCCUCCCCGCCGCAGGAGGCGGAGGAAUCAACGACACCCACCGUCGUGGGCCAGCGCGGCGCGCAAGCAGAGUGGCAGGAGGAUCAGCAGCCCGACGCGGCGACGCCACGGGGGAAAGGCCGGAGUAGCCGGCGCGUGGAGCUUGCAGACGGCGAGGAUGACGACGACACCGUCGCCCCGUGGGGUGACUGGUCGAAGUCGCCGCUGUAG